AUGUCGGCCUCCAACUCUACAGCGCUCACGAAGCGCAGCGCGUCGGAUGCUCUUAUGCCGCCUCCUCCCGCGCCGAAACGCAUCAAGCGUCCAUCUAUAGUCCUCGAUGAAGACACCUACGUCUCUGCAAUCUCGCACAUUGUUCGUCGCGACUUCUUCCCUGGUUUGGCGGAAGCAGACGCACAGCGCGAGUACCUGAAUGCGGUCGAAAGCAAGAAUCGAUCAUGGAUACGGGAGGCAGGCAAAAAGCUCACACAGGUCAUGACGCCUGUACCGAAUGGGCACCGGAAAAUGGCAGCGAGGACGAGAUUCGACAAGGCUGGUGGACCUGGGGAUAAGACGCCAAGUGUGUGGGGUGCAGAUACACCAGUCACUGUGGCGGAAACAGAAGCAGAAGGAGAAGAUGAAGAUUUGGGCAAACUGGAUCAUGUGGAUCUUAAUAUGAGCCUUGGGGCUUUCCAAGCCAAAUAUACGAGCGAGGAUCAGGAAAGCUUCAGCCAGAUUGUCGACAAGCAAAACAAGGCCAAAUUCGAAAAGAACCAAUGGCUACGAGAAGGCAACAUGUAUGCAAGCAAACAGCGCAUAGCGCAGCAAAAGGUCAUCGAGGCAAGGGCCGCGGCAUCAGAAGGCAAGGAACUAGUCGUCAGCACGCGACCAAGCCAGAACCUCGACGAGCGACCCGCAGCACCAACCGGACACCGCCACACAGCUAUCAACAGUCUCAUGUUUGGCCCCGAAAGCGUAGAGCAAUGGGCACCUACGCGCGCUCAAGUCGCUGAAACCAAGUCUCUCGCGCCCCCAAAGCAAGUCGUGUACAACAACACGCGCCUCCCUGCGCCGGAGACCGACCAACCCGCACGACCACCCAGUCCCACCCUCUCAGCCGUCCGCGACGCCAUCGCCGGUCGCCCGCGCCUCAACCCCAGCGAAGGAGGCUACACAGGCAGCGAAACUCCGCGAGUAAACGGCUACGCCUUUGUCGACGCACACCCGCCUUCCCCCUCGUCAGACGACGAAGACGCACCGACCGAUCUCCUCGAACGCUACGGUCUAGCCGGCAGCAGUAGCAGCAAAGCCACACCCUUUACCAUUAACGAGUCAUCGUCGCGCGAAAAACUGCACCACAAAAUGGUCGACAAGAUCAACGCAAACCGGUCCAGUCAAAACAACAACCACAACCACAAAUCUUCUUCUUCUUCAACACUCAAAUCAGCAAAAACACCCGGCCUCGGCAUCUUCUCCGCACAAACUCCCCGCUUCCUGAGUGCCCCCACGCCAGCUGCAAAUAGACUGAGAACCAGCAUCAUCGCGCCUGGAGCCCACACCCCAGGCAGAAAGGCAAAGGCUGACUUGACGCCUGCGGCUCAGAGACUGUUUGAGAGAGUCGGUGGCGCCACACCGACGGCGGCUGGUGCGUCUGCUGCACGCGGGUUUGGCGCUGCUGCGGCGCUGGGUAGAGAGUGGACGCCUACGCCGAGGGUUAAGAGGAGGGCUUAGUUUGGUGUUGUGAGAGGGUGAGCUUUGUGUGAUGGGAGAUUUUUAAAUAGAUGGAUGGAUGGAUGUUUAGAUGGAUAUUAGUGAUA